AUGCCGUCUUUGGACCAGCGGAAGCAACCAACGUCGUGUGGCACAGGCUUUAACGUGCGUCUUUGGUGCAAUACAGACCCUUGUGGCAUUGUAUGUGCAAUUAUAUCCUGGCUCCUUGUGCUCUAUGCUGAAUGUACCAUCGUGGGCGUGGUAGUGUACCCUUGGAUGGGUCUAUCACCUUUAGGUCUAUUGCAUAUACUUUUGUUUACAAGUGUUUGCUUUUUGGCGCUUGUCUCACACGGAAAAGCCAUGUUGACGGACCCUGGAGCUGUUCCAGAAUCGGCACUACCAUUGGCAUUGGCACAUGCAUCAAAGGAUGAAAUUGCAAGAAUGGAAGAGCAGAGAUACCGAACGUGUCGUCGGUGUCGUCAGUUUAAACCGGGGAGAGCACAUCACUGCUCGAUCUGUGAUCGCUGUGUCAUCAAGAUGGACCACCAUUGCCCCUGGGUGAACAACUGCGUAGGCCUAGGCAACCACAAGUUCUUCCUACUCUUCAUCUUUUACGUGUUCAUUCUAUCCGCCUACACGCUGACGCUCGUGUUUUUCCGUUACGCCAAGUGCAUUCACGAAUCAUGCCCCACAUACGGAGCCGUCCGCGUACUUUGUUUGAUUCUGGAAGCUGUACUGUUCGGGCUCUUUACCAUGUGCAUGAUGUGCGACCAGUACAGUGUUAUCACAACGGGAACAACGCAAAUUGACCGUCUAAAGGGCGAGGUAACAGACAAUCUGGGUCUGCGCGAAGUAUUUGGUGGCGCAAAUUGCAAAUUCGCAUUGCAUUGGCUUCUCCCAGUGAACAUUUGGUUCCCCUCGUCUGUCAAGAACCAGGUUUUGGGCUAUGUAAUGGAGCAAGAGCUGAUUUUUUCCGAGGACGAGGCCUCAGAAAUGGACACCUUUUUGGAUGAUGACAGCAUGUCUGACACUGCUAUCACCAUGACGACCGAAACAUUGGAGGGAGGGUGGUCCGUGGAAAAAAUAGUGCCUGCCGGUGACGCUGCUGAGGUCGUGUAG